ACUUGGAGCCUGGAGGUAUAUGGACGGUGAGCAGUCGUUGAUGGCGUCAGAAUCAAAUCCCAAUGGCUUCAAUCUUCCAAUCUAACGUCUACAACCUUGCUGCUUCCAGAAAAUAUCUGCUUAUCCAAACUGCUAUCCAUAUCGAAUUUGCCACGUAGCUGCCAACGAAGAGAUUAUUAAGAAAAUUGGGUAAGGUGCGAGAGCAUCUUCUGAUCAAGUUUCACUCCAACGCUUCCCUUCGAGGGCUCAAUCGAAAUCGAUUUCUGUGAUAUUGGGUUAUCGUUGCCAAAUCGCCAUGGACAUGGAGAAGGAGGAGGAGGAGGAGGUAUAUCAUCUUCGGAUGAAUUCUAAGUAUGAAAAGGAGCUUAUCCACAGAGCAAUCCAAGAGUUCAUUGAGGAGAAGAGAGCGCAGAGAAACAAAGCCUCCGGGGAUUGCUUCGUCGGGAAUGACGAACAAGCCCUGCUUUCCAGAUUGAUUUCGCAGUUAGAAGCUCUAAAGGAAGAUGCAACCAUUGAGUCGCCAAAACCAGCAUCGGAAAUGGAUGUGCUUUCUGCAGCUAGUGAAGAGGAGGCAAAAGAUGAGAAUGUAGGUAGGCUAAAAGUUGGAAGCACAGAAAUGGGACAAGAAGCAAUCCUAAAAGAGCUUCAGAAUGUGAAGAGACAGAACAGCAUCACCCAUUGGCUUCUUUCAACCCUGAUAUUUGUAACUGUUGCAUGGCAGCUCUCUGAGGUCAAACUCAUAAUCAAUGUGAAGAACAAAGUGAGCCACCCUUUUAGAUCUGUUGGAAGUGUAAUCAAGGGGAUGCUGGGUGAAGGGAAAGAUGAGAAUGAUGAAUCAACAAAUCUGGAUCAGGCGCAAAGCUCUUCGCUCGGUGGUCUCAAAAUGCCAAAGUUGGAUAUAGAAAGUGACAUUGAGUAGAUCUUCUCCUCUCAGUGUUCAAAUUGAAAGCUCAGAGAGGCCAUUCUUUUUCUGAGGGAUGGUAGAGGAGCUGAUCUGUCCUUCAAUUGGAGCAGGAGCUACCAGGACAUCUCCCAAUUUUCCUAUUCUAUGGCAAUCUUGUAACGGUAAUAGCAUUUCUAGUGUAUUGUAAAUCCUUGUAAUUUGAAUCUGGAUAGAAUGUGUCUUGAAGGAGGUGAUCUGAGGUGUGAAAACCAAAAUCUUGAUAAGAUGAGAAAGUUAAGGACUGAAACAUGGGGAGAGGAAAUGUGAUAAGACCAGACUCACUACCAGAGUACUGUUGUGUAUUUGUAUUACUUAUUGUAGAAACCUCAUUUUGCGUCGCUGUAUUGGAUUAGCUGUAAGUUUGGAAUCUUGAAAGUUUACUUGAGUAAAUGAAUAUGAUUGAAAGAUGGAUUUUCAAAGAAAA